AUGGCGAACAAGCCGAUCACCAUCGAUGGGACACGCCUGAGGGACUCGGAUGGCCGAGAAGUUACUUUCCGGGGUAUCAACGUUGACGCUGGCUGCAAGCUGCCUCGCCAUCCGAUACAGACGUCUCACGACCGGGACAAUUUCUUCGAUCCUAAGGUUUCAUUUGUUGACCGACCGUAUAAUGAAGAGGAGGCACAUGUACAUUUUGCCAGGCUAAAGAGAUGGGGCUACAAUGUCAUCAGGUACAUCUUCACAUGGGAGGCAUUGGAACAUGAGGGACCUGGCAUAUACGACCACGACUUCAUUGCACAUACCGUCAAGAUACUGAGGAUAGCCAAAAGCUAUGGCUUCUACGUCUUUAUGGAUCCCCAUCAGGACGUCUGGUCGCGCUUUACUGGAGGCUCGGGCUCCCCGUUAUGGACUCUCCAUGCCUGUGGGCUCGAUCCAGAGAAGUUCCACUCAACACAGGCUGCGGUCGUGCACAACACCUGGUCGGACGUCACCGACUUCCCGAAGAUGCUGUGGCCUACCAAUUACACUCGCCUGGCAACGGAGACAACAUUCACCCUCUUCUUCGCCGGCCGAGACUUUGCCCCAAAUGCGAUCAUCGAUGGCAAGAACAUACAAGACUAUCUGACUGACCAUUAUGUGGACGCUUGCGUCGAGUUGGCCAAAGGCAUCCACGCGGCAGGUGACCUCGAGGACGUCUGUGUCAUUGGGUGGGAGACCCUGAACGAGCCUCAUCGAGGCCUGGUCGGCUGGGAAGAUCUGAACGUCCUGCCAGACGACUUGAAGAUGCGCAAGGGGACGAUGCCUACACCGUGGCAGUCCCUGCUCACAGGCUCCGGGCGAGCAAUUGAGAUCGAUGUGUACGACUUUGGAAGCUUCGGACCUCACAAGACGGGAACUGAGCUUGUGGAUCCUCAAGACACGUCUGCCUGGGCCGAUCCAGCCAUUGACGAUCGGUACAGCUGGAAACGUGACCUGAAUUGGAAACUCGGUCAAUGCUUAUGGGCACAGGUAGGCGUUUGGGAGCCAAGCCAGGAUCAGCUGCUGCUACCGAACUACUUCUCUAAGAUACCUAGAACAGGAGAGAAGGCAGAUUACGAUCUCUUCACCAAUACCCACUACAUGGAACAUUUCCGGAAAUACCGAGAUGCUAUCCGAGGGGUUCACAAGGACGCUGUCAUUCUCAUGGAGGGACCAGUGCUAGAGAUACCGCCGAAGAUCAAAGACACCAAAGACGACGACAAGCGGUUGAUCUAUGCAUCGCACUACUACGAUGGGGUGACGUUGCUCAACAAGCACUGGAACAAAUUCUGGAACUUCGACAUAGUUGGCUUCAUGCGCGGCAAAUACUCAUCACCAGCUUUCGCCGUGAAAAUAGGCGAGACCAACAUCCGAAACUGCCUCCGAGACCAACUCGCGUACCUCCAAAAAGAAGCCGUCGAAAUGACAGGCCAACAUCCUUUCCUCUUCACCGAAAUCGGCAUCCCCUACGACAUGGACGACAGCUACGCCUACCGCACCGGCGACUUCAGCAGCCAAGUCGCCGCUCUAGACGCCAACCACUUCGCCCUCGAAGGCAGCGGCGCCAACGGCUUCACCCUCUGGACCUACGCCGGCCACAACAAUCACCAAUGGGGCGAGAACUGGAACGGCGAAGACCUCUCCAUCUUCUGCGAAGACGACACUGUCCCCACCCGCACCUCUAUCUCCGCCUCCUCCGCAACCGAAGCUGCCGGCCAGGUCGCCACCAACUCGUCCACAAACACCAAGUCUCCCGGCCUCCGUGCUGCCGAAGCCUUCAUCCGCCCCUCCCCCCACUUGACCGUCGGCGAUGUCCUCUCCUACGGCUUCGACCUGCGCAAUUGCAUCUUCACUUUCACGCUGACCACCGAACGUCCCUGCACGGACGAUCUCUGCACCGAGGUCUUCCUCCCCGAAUUCCACUUUCCGGCGGAGAAAACACACGUUGAGGUCAGUGGAGGGAAGUGGGCGAUUGAGUUGAGGGAUGUGCAGGGUGAGAGUAUGCAGAUGUUGAAGUGGUGGCACGGGGAGGGCGAGCAGAAGAUAAAGGUCACGGGCGUGCGGAGGAAGUUGGGCGUGCCGCCGACUGGGCCGAAUGGGGAGGUUGAGGAGCAGAGGAGCCGGGAUACUUCGAGGUCGUGA